CACGCCGAAACCUUGAUCGAUGCGGAGCCGGCCGUCCGUGAUCCGGCUCUUCGAGCGCCGAUUCCGGCACUCGGCUUCCCGCUUCCAGGAAGCAGAGCCCGAGGGGGACUACUACGACUGGAUAGAUUGCAUACGAUCGCAAAGAUCCCUGACAUUCUGUGGUGGAUUGUGGUCAUCCAACGAUUCUCUUGCCGAAGAAGAUGAGCUUUUGUCGAAUGAAUCCUCGCUUGUCCCAGAGACUACAUCUGGGGCUCCUGUACCCUCUGCGGAUGACUUAUACUUGAAAGAUCUUUACAGAGUUGUGGUGCCGGUGAUGCUGACGGCUUGUGUUAUCACACUGGUAUUCAACUUGAUGAUUGUCUUCAGUGUCAGAUGGGUGCGGAAGACAUUGUCACCAACUCUAUACCUGAGCCUCUCGCUUGCUGUGGCAGAUGCAUAUGCUUCAUUGGUACUUGGUAUAGGCUUGGUGGUCAACAGCUUACUUCCAAUUGUCUAUGGAGUGGAUUUAGGACCAUUCAACGCUUGCUAUCUCCUUGUUUUGGAAGCCUUCAGAUUGGGCGGUGUUGUGGUGGCAGUUUUGCAUUUACUAGCCCUUGCCAUAAACCAUUACGUUGGAAUACUGAGACCUCUCCAUUAUGCUGCAACAGUGACCAGACGUACUGUCAUGUGGGCUAUUGGUGGCAUGUGGUUGCUGCCAGUUGUAUUCUUCAUGGCUUAUUUUUCACUAGUACCUGAUGAUGGUUUUCAGUCGUCUCAUUGCUCCAGUUAUGAUUUUCUUCUGAGGAUUCCUUUUCGGGCGACUUUUUCUGUUCUCUUCUUUGUACCUUUGUUUUUGAUGUCGGCCAUGUAUGUGCACAUGUUUGUUGUGGUUAAAAAACACCAGAGGGGAGUACUUCAGUUGCACUCGGGAAGGCAACUACAUAAAAGCGUCAAAGCCAUUAUUACCACCCUUCUCAUACUCGGAACGUACACACUAGGAUGGAUGCCCGCUGUACUAUAUUUUGUGCUAACUUGUCUAGACUGCCCAGUACCGUUCACGCAAAUACAUCUAUGGGUGCGAAUACCCGUCGGCAUCAUCACGAACUCUAUGAUAGUGAUUAAAUCGUUUCUGGACCCUAUCAUUUACGUUGUGCGAAUGCCAGAAAUCAAAGGAGCUAUGAGGACAAUUUACAGGACCAGGUGCGGUUUGGUCGCUGAUGAAAUGGCGAACAGCUCGCUGCAUUGUAAAUCGGAAAUGAACCGAUUAACUCUUCUACUGUCUACGCGAAGAGCUAAGGAAGAUCCCAAAGCAAAUGGAUGUCUUGAAGGGGAAGUGCAGGUGAUUACGUAAUUUUGGCAGAUUAAAGAGGUUUCGUAGUCU